AUGAAGCCCAAUGAAACCGAUGCAUCUUGGUACUUUGCGUACGGCUCCAACAUGGUGUCUGAUGUCUUCGUCACCAGGCGGAAAAUCAGCCCGGUGAGGAGCGAAGUAGCGUGUAUCAAAAGCCAUACACUAUGUUUCAACAUAAUGGGUAUCCCGUAUUCGGAUCCUGCAAUGGCAGGUAUUCGCGCAAUUGAGGAUGAAAAGGAAGAUAAAGCUGUGUACGGUGUUGCUUACUUGUUGAGCCAAGAAGAUCUCCACCGAGUGGUACUCACUGAAGGUGGCGGAAUUGCAUACGAUACGGCAGUCCUAGAUGGCAGUCUUGAAAGAGAUGGUUCUCCCAUAAGAGUAACAACUCUGAUUGGAAGACACGCCAUCGAGCUCUCCUACGAGCGAUUGCCUUCUGAGAGAUACUUGGGUCUGCUGGUCCGUGGUGCUCGCGACCAUUCGCUUCCUGAGCCUUAUCAAAACAGACUGGCUGCGCAUGCAACCUUUCAUCCAUUGCAAACCCGGAGAUAUCAGAUUGGUAAAUGGUUAUUCAGCAGCUUCUGGCAGCGGGUUGCAUAUUGGAUUGAAAGAGGUGUUCACAGGUUCAAGGGUCCCGAUGGUUGCGUUCCAAAAUGGUUCCUAAUAAUAUUUGAUUGCCUGCUAUGGACUAUGUGGAUAUACCACGACUAUGUUCAUUGCCACCUUUGGGGACGGGGCGACGGUCGUUGA